AUGCUAACAUCGAACCUCAUACAGGCUGUGGCUUUGACGUUCAUCUGGACAUCAGGAGCCCUGAACUCCCCUGCCCAGAAGUCCGCUGUCAUUAGCAUCAAGCCCACAGUUGGGCUUCCUUCCCGGCAUGGGGCCCAUCUUGUCAGCGAAUGGCAAGACACUGUUGGUGUCCUCGCUCGAACCGUUCAAGACGCAGCAACUGUACUCAUAGCGAUUGCCGGCACCGAUCCCAAUGAUCCCUUUACUAUCUCUGAUCCUCGGGAUGACUCGAAUACGAGAAAACUUGGACAGGAUACAAAUUUUGCUCAUGCCUGCACAAAGAGUGGUCUUGAAGGCAAGGGAAUUGCUGCAUGUAGUCCAAGAAUUCCGCGCCAUCUCUUUCCCAAUGAUGAGGUUGUGGUCACUGCUCUCGAUAAGGCUCUCCCGAUAAUGAGAGCCCAGGGAGAUACCAUUGUUGAUAAUGUCCGCUUUUCGGAGUUCAACAGUAAUUACACCUCCUCAGAAGAUAUAGACUGGACCUUUGGAUUGCGAGUUUCCAUUCACGAAAAGAAUCCAGAAGAACGGCCUGACGACUGGGGAAUGGAUGAGUGGCUAAAAUGCGAGGAACUGGACCUGAAUGUUGGAGGUUGCCCUACGAUCGGCGUUCCUCUGGGGUACUAUCCAAAGGACCACCCCAUUGCACAUCGCAAGUCUAGCGGACUUGCGACGACUGGGCCAAAUGUUCCCUCUGGUGGAUUAUUUAUCGGUCGUCGAUGGGCGGACUCAAACCUCAUCGCAGCUGCUCAUGCUUUUGAGCAGGCUUGUUUGAUUCGAGACCAGGUCCCUCCAAUUGUCUCGUCUGACAUCCAGUUGCCGCUUCACAAAGCAGAGAAAAUCGGGGAAUCCCUCUGA